AUGUGUAAUCACGGUAUUUUAAGGAAGUGGACGCUGAGUGACAUCUGUUUCAAGCCGCCUAGCCCAAAGUUCCAUACGGGACCGCUAGCCAAACUGAUGAAUUCACUGCUGGACAAAAUGAUACCUUGCAUAUGGAUCACUCCUAUUGACUGCUACUGGGAGGGAUCGAAACCAUUGGGCCCAUAUCCGCCUAUCAAUCUCGGCCGGUAUCGGCUGCCAGCUUACCUGGAUCGGCCAUGCAUCGACCCGCUGGAUCCUGAAUGCCCGAAAACGGCGCCCAAUUAUUACGACCGAUGUAAUGCUAUGGAGAAGUUCAACGAAUGGAACAUGGCGAAACCAGAUUCCGAAAAGAUUCAACUCGAACGUAAGCCCUUACCCGAGACGAAAAGCGAACAGGAUGGACCAUCACAUCUGACCGAAUCCAUCCUUAACGACAUUUUCGGAAGAAAGAAACGUGACACCACUGCCACUAAGAAACCUACGAAUUCGGAGAAGUCUAAUCCAAAAGACGAAGAUUACUAUGCAUAUGAAGACUCCGACUAUGAUGUCACUGGAAUCCAAAAUGCGACGUCUCAUUCCAAGAAGAAGAUGGACCCCAAAGAGCAGAUGUGCCUGGAAUAUGGCGAAUCGCUGUUGAAAUGGAUGAGCAAGAAUCCAGAUCGAUGGGGUGAAUUCCUUACUGAAAAGGAAAUGCCGAAAGAUCCUGACUAUGAUAAGGUUAUGACAGGUGGUUGUAAAGGCUUUGGUAAAACGAUUAUGGAAUGGCCCGAAGAUCUCAUCAUUGGAGGAGUCAAACGCAAUAGGGGCAAGCUGAGUUCAGCAGAGGCUCUCCAAAGUGUGUUUCUCGUCGCCAGUCCAUUUGAUGUUUUCAUUAGAUUCAAGGAAAAGAAAGACACGCAUCCAAAUUUGGAUAUAGCCAGUUGGAACCCUGGUUGGGCAGCGGACGUCGUAGUUGCCUGGCAGAGGAACUUCACGAAGAAGCUCUAUGGACACGAAGCUAAUAAAAACUAUGAGGAUCGUGUAUUCCAUCCACUAGCUUCUACAUCCAUUGCCGAUAUGCUUGAAGAAUUCUCGCAGUUCAACUACACUAUCAUCAUUCUGGGAUACGUUCUCAUGAUUAUCUACGCCGCUUUCACUCAAGCUCGAAUCGAAGGCCGAUGGCUGGCGAUCAGAUCAAAUGUGGCACUGUCGUUUGUCGGGGUGAUUCUAGUCACUUAUGCCUCGAUUUGUGGUCUUGGCUUGUCAACCGCCCUCGGAAUCAAUUUCAACGCUGCCACCACUCAGAUUGUACCAUUCCUGUCGUUAGGUCUUGGAAUUGAUGACAUGUUCUUAUUGUUGCACAACUAUGAUGAGAUCAGUCAUACAAUGCGGAAGAAUGAAAUGGGAAUUCUGCUGAAAGAAACAGGCAUGUCUGUCAUGGUGACGUCUAUCAACAAUAUUCUUGCUUUCUGUGCUGGUUACGUUCUACCGAUUCCAGCAUUGAGAUCGUUUUGCUCGCAGACUGCCGUCUUGCUAGCGUUUAACCUGGCGUCGUUGAUGUUCGUCUUCCCUGCCUUCAUCGGACUCGAUUUGCGAAGAGUUCGAGCUGGUCGGCGUGAUCUCGUCUACUGUGGCCCACCAAGUGACCCCAACUUCGAGAAGGUUUCCGAGAAAAGUUCCAAUGAACUGUCGUCGACCAAUGCGGAUCUCACCAAUCCUACUUACAUCGAAGCUUACACUCGUGAUCAACCAUGGUACACUGUUGGCGGAUUCCUCACCAAUUACUACAUCCCACUGCUGAAAAUGAAAGUUGUCAAGGUAAUCAAGCCUUUAUUUUCCUUCUGUUCCUGUUUAAAUAUACGGUCGCUUAUUGAGUGGGUGGAGACAGCUAAUCUCAGCGUCCGCCUAUUUGAUACGUCACUUUUUCUGAAACUGCAAGGGGUACACUAA